UAUUAAUUUGCCAGUUGCUCGCCGUCUUAAUAGCUCGUUAAACGUCGCGCGCGCGCGCUCCCGGACCGGUGCCCAGUUCGCAUCAUGCACAUUCGCCACAGUCAUUUAAUCCUGUACCUUGCCGUCGUCGGUGGGUUUGUGGUUGCCGGCAAUUUUCCACCCCAGCGGCACAGCCCGUCGCGGGAGGAAAUGAGACGCGCCCGGAAGCAAUCGCAAACCGCGAUCCUGCAAUCGGUCGGUAAGCGUUCGCACGGUAGCCGAGACGCGUUGGUUUCGCUGUCCGAGGAGCUGGAGAUGGUGGCUGCCGCAGAAGCGACGACCGUCUCCAGCAAGAAAGCAUCGCCGGCGACGGUUGCAACGCCCGGGAAUGCCACCGCAGCGGCAGCAGCACCUGUCAUCACGACCACCACGGAAAGUGAUUUGUUUCGCUCGUACAUGCAAACGCACCGCAAGAAGUAUUACGCCAAGUAUCGGGCCGACCGGAGACGAUCCGCCCUGAUGGAAAACAUGCAGGAGAUCCAGGAGCACAACAAAGCGUUCGAGGCCGGCAGCAAUCGAUUCCGCAUGGCACCGAACACGUUCGCCGACAUGCACAACAGCGAGUACCGCAAGCGCCUGGUGCGGUUGAAGAUGGACCCGCACCGGAAGGUGGAGCCGGCGGUCGCGGACGAGAUCGUCAGCAGCAGCAACGAGCUGCCGGCGGAGCUCGAUUGGCGCGAGAAGGGCUUCAAAACGGCACCGGCCAAUCAAAAGACCUGCGGUUCCUGCUACGCCUUCAGCGUGGCGUACGCCAUAUCGGCCCAGCUAAUGAAACACAUCGGCCGGGUGGAGCUGGUGAGCGAGCAGCAGAUGGUGGACUGCUCCACCGCGAACGGCAACUUGGGCUGCGGAGGUGGUUCGCUGCGAAACACGCUAAAGUAUCUGGAACAGGCGGGCGGGGUGAUGCGCGAGGUGGACUAUCCGUACACGUCUUCGGUAAGUGUGGUAAACCGGCCUCUGCUUACGGCCUCGUGGGCAAAGGUGGUAUAUCAAAACGGGGUCAUCAUUUGGUGGCGCCUGGUGAAGGGGCAACAACAAAUGAGCGCAUCAUUUAUUUACUGCAUUUUUGGUCGAGUGCUAAUUGCCACUUGA